CGGACGUGAUAAUUAAUUUUCUCUUUAACCUAUCCAAUUGACCAACGAAGUACAAUGCAAAAGAGAAUAACGAGUUUCUGUAAAUUCAAACUCAGUGAUGGUAGUGGAAAAGAAAGUGCAAAACCUUCAGUGGAAAGUAAAUGAGGCCCAACAAAAAACAAAAGCACCUAAAUUAUAAAUGCACACAUUCUUAACCAGCCAUGGCUUUUUCGUAAAGUAACCCUUUCAUGCAAAAACAAUUGAAAAAAAAGUAGAAUCUCUUGAGUCCCACCAAAAUAUCCUCCUCUACUUUUUCCCCCACCAUAUAACUCGUUGUUGCCACGCUGCUGUAUGUUCAGUCGGACGUGAGCGUUUAGCUAAAUCCUCUAAGAUCUCCGUCUUGGUUGCUUCCUUCCAAAAAUCCUCUCUAAACAAACUUUAAUUCUUGAAUAGAAUAUCUGAGGAUGGACACAGUUAAGGCAGAGAAGGUUCAAGCAAUGAACAAGUAUAGGAAAAGAGAUCAGUUUCUUUACAACCUCAUUCUUCAUUUGCUGGCUGGAUUAGCUUGUAGUUUGUUUUUCUCCUAUGCUUAUUGGUUUCCAUCUCUAUGUUCAUCCAUGAAGCAUUUCUUCUUAAUCUCUCUCCCAUGUAUUUGGUCUUCUUUCUCUAAUCCCAAGUGCUUGUUCGUUGUGGUCAAUGUCAUUGUCAUCUUCCUUGUUGGAGAAUCAAGGUUUACGGGCAAAAACUCAUCUCCAGCUGGUGACAUCUACAAUGAGUAUAUCGAAAGAAGUCGAAGCCUUAGGAAAGUCCCAGUCUCGACAACUCAAGAGAAGACGAGGCAGAAGAAAAUGGUAGAAGAAGGGGAAAAAGAUGCUGAAUCGAAACAAGUAGUAAACAGGGGUGAUGAUAAGGGAGUGGAAGAAGAAGAUGAAGAAUUAGCUGAAGCGAAAGAAGUGAUGAAGCCGGAUGAAAAAGAAGAGAAAGAAGAAGAAAAAGAAGCUGAAGCGAAAAAGCAAGAUAGAGUAGUCCAAGAAACAUAUGGAGUUGUGGAAGAAGAAGGUUCUGAAGAAAAAGAAAAUGAUAUUGUUGAAGAAGAGGCUGGAUUGCCAGCUGAGGAACUAAAUAAAAGAGUUGAAGAGUUUAUCGCUAGAGUUAACAAACAAAGGUGGCUGGAAGCUCAAUUAGUCGUGUGUUGCAGGGCAUGAUUAGGAUUUAAGGGUAAAAUAAUUGCAAAUUUAUUGGUUUAAUUUUCUGAUAUAUUUAUAGUAGGGACAAGAUAUAUUUGUGUAGCAAAGAUGAAGAAAAGCUGGGUAGACAAAUGACCUCUUCAUAAGUUUGUAAAACAUAUUAAGCACAAGUGGUAGUUGAAGUAACAAGCACUUGCAGUUGUUACAUAUUUGCACAUGAAUCCUCUUUUCCAUU